UAGGCUAUAUAUAUUUUUUAAAUAGUUUAAAGUCGUAGAUUUUUUUGGAAAGCAUUUUCGUCCUGGAGCGGUGCGCAAUGCUAUCGCACGCCGACCUCCUGGAUGCUCGCCUCGGUGAGUUAUCAUCACCAAACUCCGGUCUUCAACUCUACUGGAUGAAGGAUGCAGCGGCGGAGCUUCUAGGACACAGGGAGGCAUUGAAGUGUAGACUAGGGGGUGGUGGAUCUGAUCCGGGGCAUUCUGGCGAUCUAGCCCCGGGUUCCGACGCUGUUGAAGGGGCUACACUUCUGCCCGGAGACGACAUCAACAAUGCUGGAUCCAAUCCUCCCGGCGUGCAGGUCAACACUAAAGACCAAGAAAAGCAGCAGAAUCCUAACCAGUCAGGUGGACAACAAACCCAGAAACAGAAGCGACACCGGACCCGUUUUACUCCGGCCCAGUUAAAUGAACUGGAGAGAAGCUUUGCUAAAACCCAUUACCCAGAUAUCUUCAUGAGGGAAGAAUUGGCACUGAGGAUCGGUCUAACAGAAUCACGGGUGCAGGUCUGGUUUCAGAAUAGACGUGCCAAAUGGAAGAAGCGCAAGAAGACCACCAACGUCUUCCGAGCCCCGGGUACGCUCCUGCCGACUCAUCACGGCUUGCCACAGUUCCCUUCUGCAGCUGCUGCUGCAGCUGCCAUGGGCGACAGUCUCUGCUCUUUUCAUGCCAACGAUACUCGCUGGGCCGCAGCAGGAAUGCCCGGCGUCUCGCAGCUACAACUCCCGCCCGCUUUGGGCCGACAGCAGGCUAUGGCUCAGUCCCUCUCCCAGUGCAGCCUCGGAGCCGGCCCCCCUCCCAACUCGAUGAGCCUUUCCAACAUGUCCUCUAACGGUUCUGGGCUCCAGUCACACCUCUAUCAGCCCACCUUUCCUGGUAUGGUGCCCGCCUCCCUCUCUGGUCCAACUAACGUGACCGGUUCGCCCCAGCUCUGUAGUUCCCCGGACAGUGACGUCUGGAGAGGGACCAGCAUCGCCUCACUACGCCGUAAAGCACUGGAGCACACAGUCUCCAUGAGUUUCACCUAAUGGUUCAAAGUGAAAGCUCGCAUAUUCCUCUGUUUUAGUUAUUUACUUUGAUCCCAUCAUCCCAGUAACACACCAGGAAGUCUCUGGAUGGGAAGUUCUUCUAGCAAAAGCAGGAAACAGAGACUGGUUGUGUAUUUAGGCUAUUAAACAAAUAUUCAAACCACAUUUGUCCUUGACAGGGGGAAUUUUUUUGCCUCAUUAGGAUACUUUUUAUUCAUAAAAACCAAACCCAACUAAAACAGAUAUUUAUUUAUUUAUUUAUUUAUGUAUUUAUUUAUUUAUUUAUUUAGGCACAUUUAUUUAUUUAUUUACGUGUUUGUAAACCACAGGGUUUUUAUACCCCGCAGUUGUUAAUAGAUAGCUACAGAUUUCAGCUAACUGUUUUGUUAAAACGCUAUGAGUUUAUGAACCAAUAGGUUCUUCGGGUAACAUUUUACUCCGUUCUGUCAAAACACUCAUGAGAAAGCGAUUGUUAAAUGCCACAUGCACUGCAUGCACUAACGGGCUCAACGCAUGCGCAGUGCACGUGUGUAUUUCAAACCCUGGAUGUUUGUGCAGCUGGGAGAGGAAUGCGAGUUUAAGCGUGGCACACUUUAGGAAAAGAUGAAAAAAGAAAAGAAUUAACUUAUAAGAAUCCAUAAACUUUAAGAAUCAACUAUGUCUGCAUGUGCUGGCCAAGUUUAAACACCGGGGAAAUACUAUUUAUAAGACAAAAAAGAAACUUUAAAUAAUCUGUUAUAUAGGAUGUUUUGUGUAGAUAAAGCAUUCUUGUUACCUUCUGGUCAAUUUGUGAUAUGUUCUAACUUAUUGUCUGUGCUUAUUAUUGAAACUGGAUUUCUUAAAUGUUUGAUCUUCUACUGAGCAUAUAAUUUUCUUUCCUCGACUGGUUUAUAUCAAUUUAAUGUAAAUGGAUAAAUAAAAUCAUUUUCAAUAUGUCA